AUGGUCAAUGUUACUACCAGUGGUAGUAGUAGUAGGAGAGCUUCACAACGCCUACAAAGAAAACGGAAAUUUGUUGAUGACAGUGGUAGUAAUGUUAGUCCGAGUAAUGAAGGACCGAUAAAAUUUGAUGUUGAUAACAAUGUUAACGAAGAUAUUGUUGUUGAUACCACUUCUGCUGCUUCACAUUGUAAAGUUGAUGCUAAAACUGAUGAAGAAACUAUAAAUAAUGUGCCUAUUAACGAAGAAUCUAUCAAUGAAGAAGAAAAUGCUAUAAACGAUAGUCAAAUUGCAAAACAGCAACAAAUUGAUGAUGAGGUACAUCUUGAUCAUGAGGAAAGUAUGAAUGAACAUAUUGAUGUAGAAGAUGAAAAAUAUCAUCAAGAUCAUUCAGAAAAAUUAAAAGAAGGCACUAGAGUUGUAGAACAUGACCAAGAUAGAAAUGAUGCUAUAUUAGUUGAUGAGGAACAUUUACAAGGACAUGAAGUUAUUCGAAUGUAUAGUCCUGGUGGUACGACAGAAUAUGUUCAAAUAGCUGAUGGUGACAUUCCAGAUGGUGAGACUGUUUAUGUUGACGAAAAUGGUGUUAUUCUUGGUAGUGUGCCGCCAGAAGAAUUGCAUGAAUUUGAAAAUGCCGUUCAACCACCACCACCAAGAAGUACAAUGAUUGCAACAACUGGUAGUGAUACUGGUGAACCAAGAGAAGUUGAAUUUAGUUUUUAUGAUCAGAAAAAUGUUUGUUGUGGUAUGUGCGGUGAAGUUGUACCAUUUGAUUCUUUAAUGAGUCAACAUUUACCCGAAAGACAUCCCGAAAUAAUGAAUGGUAAUGGUUCUGUUGAUUUUGAAGAAGUUCCAUACUCUGAAUGGUUAAAAGAUAAAUUACAUAAACAAAAAGUAUCAAUAGAUGGAAGUAAUAGAAACAUAGUAAAUAAUAGUGAUUCAUACGUCGGCAUUCCUGGACCAGCAACUCAAAGACAUCCACCUUAUGCUCCACCAAGAUCAAAUGGUGAGCGUGUCUUACGUAAAGUUUCACAAGUUCGAGUUAAUCCAACAGAAAUGACAAUACCACAACUUGAAAAUGCUCUUAGAAAGAAGAUGGUUGAAAAAAUGGGGAGAAAAGUACCUGUAACAUUAGUUGAUAAGCAGCAUGCACAAUGUGGUAUAUGUCAAGCAAUAGUAUCAUUAAAUAAAAAAUUUGAAAUUGUUCAUCUUGUAAGGCAUUUCAAUGCUUGGCAUCCAAGCGUUCACAGAUGUAGUGGUAGUUGGCCAGGAUUAAAAGGUAACACUCCGGGAACACAGCAAGCCGGUGUACCGAAACCAUUAAGUUGUGUUGAUUUUGCAAUAGUUGACUCAAAUAUCAAUGCAAAUGAUAAUUUACAAUGUAUUUGGUGUGGUAUGUUUAUGGAUACUCAAGCUCUUGCAAUGCAUUUUUAUGAAGUUCAUCCCUCUGAGGUUGAAGUUCCAAGAUGUCAUUUAUGCUUAUUAGAGUUGGUAGUUAAUGCUAGAUUAUCAGAAAAAUUUGGUACAGAUUUUCAGAUAACUCUUCCUGAUGAACAUCAUUUUUAUUGUGGAAAAUUUGGUACUAAAUAUUCUAAAGAAAAAGAUCUAGAAAAAGGCAUUGUUGCAAAGUUAAAAAAAAUGGAAACAGGAAAAGAUGAUGAUCUUCCUGAUAAUGAUGAUGAAGAUGAUAAAGGAGAUCCUGAUAGUGGAAAUAGUACUACUACAAAUAAAAUAGCACCUGUGCCUGAAAGUUUUUCUAAUAGUCGUAUGUCCUUGGGUCGUCGAUCUAAACCUAAACGUCACUUUGUUCAACCAGCACUUCGUCAAGCAGCACCAAAAGAUUCUCAAUUUAUUGAAGUUGUCUCUUUAUGUCAUUGGAAAUGUAAACUUUGUGGGGAUGGUAUUAUGGCUGCUGUAAUAUCAGCUGGUGCAAUACGUCAUUUUAGAAGCAAACAUCCAGAUGUAUUAGAUCAAGUUCAAGUAGAACUAUGCAAAGCACGAUUAGAAAAAGUGUCAGAUGGAUGUAUGGAAUUUAUCAAUCCAACAUGUAUAGAAUGUCGUGUUUGUCAGAUGUCGUAUCCUUUACACAAACCAUAUAAUAUGUGUAGAGCAAUUCGACAUUUAAAAGCAAAACAUCCUCAAUAUAUGCCAGAAUACAGUACUGAUAAUGAUCCUAAUAAACCUCCUGGUGAGGAAGCUACAACAUCAAUGAUGGAUGAUAGUAAUUGCUUUAACAAUGAUACAAUCUUUAACGAAUCGCAGGGAAAUACCACUUCAUCAGGUGGUUUAGGUGGGCAAGAAAUAAAAGUUGGUGAAAUGGUAACAGAUCCAAAUAUUAUUGCUGAGUUAAAAGAAAAAUAUGGUGUAGAAUUUGACAAAGUUCAACAAGUAACAAAUUCAAGUGGUGAACAAAUAUAUAUCUUAAUGACUGAUGAUCAAGAACUUGAUGAUUCAACAAUUCAAAUGGUAUAUAAAUUUAACGUUUUUAUAGUUAUUUAUUAA